UUGAGACCCAUGCCGGGAGUGUUUUACAAAGGCCAUAUGAACAUAUCCAUGUUGCUCGAAGCAACAGCUCUCUCUUGCAGUGUCAGUUUGAAGUUUGGCAGAGCAAUGUAGAGGUCGAGCGGCGCACCUUUAAUGAGAUUGUUCCCCGUAAUGGCGCCUCCGAUAAACAUGAUGAUGCUUGCCUGAUUUGUGCAGAUGGAGGGGACCUGAUCUGUUGCGAAAAGUGUUGGUCCACUUCCCAUCUCAAAUGUAUGGGAUUGGAAAGGAUUCCCCAAGGAGAAUGGAUUUGUCCCUACUGUGUGUGCAAGCACUGUAAUGAAAACGACAAAGACCUGCAAACUUGCGUUCAAUGUGAUAAAAAAUAUCAUUGCCAGUGUUUAGUUAGCAGUAAGGAGUUGGAUCUUAAUGCCAGUGGCGAAACCUUAGCAUGUGAUUCUCACUGCGGAGAGGUUUAUGAGAAGCUUCAGAGCCUCGUAGGUGUGAAGCAUGAGUUAGAAGGAGGGUUCUGUUGGACUCUCCUCCAACGGAUGGAGCCAGACAACUUGGACUUCAAGGAUCUUCAUUUAAUCACCGAAUGCAAUUCAAAAAUUGCAUUGGCCUGGGAGGUGCUGGACGAAUGUUUCACGACAAUCAUUGAUCGGCAUACGCAGAUCAAUGUAGUUCAGAGUGUGGCUUAUAGUCGAGGAUCGAACCUCAACAGGAUAAAUUUUCGAGGCUUUUAUACUGCGAUCCUGGAGAAGAACGAUGACAUCAUUUCAGCUGCAACUAUAAGGGUGCACGGGACCGAUUUGGCUGAGAUGCCUUUCAUUGGAACUCGGGACUUGUAUAGGCAAAACGGGAUGUCAAGAAUGUUACUGGUUACUCUUGAAUCUAUUUUUUCAGUUAUGGGAGUUGAGCAUCUAAUCAUCCCAUCAGUCCAGGAGCUCACUGAGAUGUGGGAGGGGAAAUGCGGGUUUUCCCCCAUUGAGGAUGCUGUUAGCCAAAAGAUCACCAACUGGAACACCCUCACGUUUCCAAGUGCAGUCAGGCUGCAAAAGGCCCUUCUCAGCACUCCAGCUAGUAGUUCUUCUGCAGUCAUGAAUGUGGACGAGGGCGUGGAAGUAGAUGAGGGUGUGGAUAUGGUCAGUGAUAACUGUGCAAAACUUGCUGGUCUAGAUUUAAACCAUGAAUAUACUGAAUCUGGAGAUGACGAGGCAGAAGACAAGUGA